AUGGUAGAAAAUCUUUUCACUGCAAAUGAGAAGACUUUGGUAACUACAGAGUGUAUUUCCUGGAAUGAAUCAAUAAGUGAAACAAAUCACUCCACGGUGACUGAGUUCAUUUUUCUAGGAUUCUCCAAUUCUCAGGAACUCCAGAUUUUCCUAUUUGUGUUCUUUUUUGUAUUCUAUGUAGGAAUUGUGUUUGGAAACCUUCUUAUUGUCAUAACUGUGGCUUCGGACUCCCACCUUCACUCCCCCAUGUACUUCCUGCUGGCCAACCUCUCACUCAUUGACCUGUGUCUGUCUUCAGUCACAGCCCCCAAGAUGAUUGCUGAUUUUUUCAGUAAAUGUAAGGUCAUCUCGUUCAAGGGCUGCCUUGCUCAGAUAUUUCUCCUGCAUUUCUUUGGUGGGAGUGAGUUGAUGAUCCUUAUAGCCAUGGCCUUUGACAGAUACGUAGCAAUCUGUAAACCCCUUCACUACACUACAAUUAUGCGUGGCAAUGUAUGUGUUGGCUUUGUGGCUGCUGCAUGGGGAACUGGCUUCCUCCACUCAGUGAGCCAGUUGGCCUUUGCAGUGAACUUACCUUUCUGUGGUCCCAAUGAGGUAGACAGCUUUUAUUGUGACCUUCCUAGGGUCAUCAAACUUGCCUGCACAGAUACCUAUAGGUUGGAUAUCAUGGUCAUUGCUAACAGUGGUGUGCUCACUGUGUGCUCUUUUUUUCUCCUAAUCACCUCAUACACUGUCAUCUUAGUGACCAUCCAGCAUCUCCCUUCAGAGAGGUCAUCCAAGGCUCUGUCUACCUUAACUGCUCAUAUCACAGUAGUUCUUUUGUUCUUCGGACCAUGUAUCUUCAUUUAUGCCUGGCCAUUCCCCAUCAAGUCAUUAGAUAAAUUCCUUGCUGUCUUUUAUUCUGUGGUCACUCCUUUCUUGAACCCGAUGAUAUACACACUGAGGAACAAAGACAUGAAGACUGCAAUGAGACAACUGAGAAAAUGGAAUAUCAAUUCUAGGAUAAAGUCUUAG